AUUUAAAUGAUUUGAAGGUAGGUGCCAUGCGUCUUCUUACAGCACCCAGGCUUUAUUCCCCCUCAGUUCCACUGAUGAUCCAUGUCUUUGCCCAUUUUUAGAUCAGCUGGGAGGUGGCCAACAUGGCGGGGGGCCAGUGGCACAAUUUUUUUUAGGUUACGGUUGAAUAGUCUGUUUUGUUGAUUAUUAAUCAACCAUCUUUUCACAUAACUUACUAAUAUGUUUAUAUAUGAGUGGACAGGAAGAUGUGCGUCCGUUUUCACCGUGACAAACACUUUUUUUCAUGUUUGUGACAGAUGGACAGUACUCCUUUAUUAUUAUUCCAAAUCUGAUCUCGGUAAUGAAGUUAUAUUUCUCACCGAGCUGUCCACGUUUAUUUCUCCUGCGUUAAGGAGCGCACGUGGAGAAAUAUCUCAGAUGCGCGUUUUGUAGUCCAUCCUGAACUUUGUAGUUUUAUCAGAAACGCGUCGAUAACAUCCGCCGUCGCGUUAUGACGCGUCAGAGCGCUUGCAUUCUCUGGACACUGUGGAUGUCUUUUUUUUUUUCCUAAGUUCUCGUGAACUCUCCUUCACAUCUUUCCUUUGGUCUCAUCAAUGUCAAGGAAAAGUGUUUAGGAAAGAACAUAGGAGUUUUUUUUAAUAUAUUAUUAUUGUUAUUAUUCAACCGUAGCUUCAAAACGGCGCUGUGAAAACCUCGUCACUCAUGCUGUCCACUCUGUCUUGGUUGCAGGAGUUGCAGGCAUUGCGGUUGUGCAGGUGGUUGGAGCGCUGUUUAUCCACCUGGAUACGUAACGUAACACACGACAUAAACAAGUGACAUGUUGCGGAGUUACAGUACUGUAAUACUGCAACGAGCCACACGAAGGAGGAAGCAGUACCUAACAGAUGCACGACAUGAAUAUCAUGCUUUAUAUAAAACUAGACUCAUGAUGAUGAGAUGAUUUAAAUAAAAGUCCGUCUCUGCUUCAAAACGACCGAGCGCUAAAAUAAUCUUUAAAUCACAUACGGGACUGCGUAAGAACUACAAACCCCAUCUGCGCAUGCUCCGCUGUGCCUGUGGCGUGCGCUCCCGGUCCAGUCUUUGGCUCGUUUGUUUUAAAACCCUUUUGGAUGUGACGUCUCCGGCAGCUAAUGUCUUACACGGAUUAAACAUGGCUCCUUCUCACGCACUGAGGUGGUGUAAACGGGCUCUGAACUGGGUGCCCGUGCUCUUCAUAAACCUGGUUGUAGGUUGGUCUUACUACGCGUACGUCGUGGAGCUCUGUGUCUAUACUAUCCCAAAUAAUGCAGAACGGAUCAGCUAUUUGGUCGUCUUUCAUGUUUUCCUCACCAUGUUCAUAUGGUCCUACUGGACAGCGAUUGGGUCUAAACCAGCUGGACCCUCAAAAGCAUUCAGUCUGCCGAGCGCAGAGAAGGAGCUGUACGAGCGAGAGGAGCAAGCUGAGACACAACAAGAGAUCUUGAAGAGAGUGGCGAGGAAUUUACCCGUGUACACGCGCACGGCAGGCGGAGCUAUCCGAUACUGCGACCACUGCCAGCUGAUCAAACCCGACCGCUGCCAUCACUGCUCAACCUGUGAGAUGUGUGUGCUGAAAAUGGAUCAUCACUGCCCUUGGGUGAAUAACUGUGUUGGAUUCUCAAACUACAAGUACUUUAUCUUGUUCUUGGCCUAUGCCUCACUCUACUGUGUAGUAAUUUGUGCUACAGUCAUCAAGUAUUUCAUCAAAUUCUGGACCAAACAACUGCCUGACACGCAUGCCAAAUUCCACAUCUUGUUUCUGUUUUUUGUGGCGGCCCUGUUUUUUAUCAGCAUCCUGUCACUUCUCAGCUAUCAUCUGUGGCUUGUGGGAAAGAACAGAACCACUAUAGAGGCAUUUAGGGCUCCUGUCUUCACGAAUGGUCCAGACAAAAGUGGGUUUUCUCUCGGCUUUAGACGUAAUGUAGCUGAGGUGUUUGGAUCCGAAGCAAAGUACUGGAUAUUUCCUGUUUUCUCAUCUCUAGGAGAUGGACAUUCUUUUGUUACUAGAUCGGUGCACAUAGAUCCUGAACAAGCUAACAGCAUCCUCCAGCAAAAUGGCAAAAGUCAAAGCCCUGCUGAUGGGGAGGCCCACCCUGUACACACAGCGGACGACAGCAAAGAAAAGACAGACGGAGGCCAGACAGUCUCAGUAACUAUGGAGAGUGAGCCUUAGCAGGUACACCAGCAAUGAGCUCAUCAGUUAUGAUGCCUUAAACCAGGAGCUUCAGCACCUCCACAGGAGCCAUCCUCCAUCUUCACCCUUCAUCUAGUGUGCUUUAAAUAGCACCGCAACAAUUCUGUUAUCAUGUCAUAAGAGACUGUACGGUGACCUCAUAGACUGCACCAGUCUGAAGCAGAGGCGAUUCAUACUUUGUCUUGAGUCAAAGACAUUCAGACAUUUUGUUAUUAUUUCAUCUAAAAAAACUCUGGGACUGCUUUUUCACCCUUGAGCCAACACAUGUCUUCAUUGUCUACAUACAUACGUCACGUACCUACAUGGAUUAAUCACAUUUUAAAUGUAAAGAAUUAUUGUUUGUCAGUAUUAAUCAAGCUUUAAUAACUAAGCCUGAUCAUGUCUGAUGAAGAGCAGAGGGAGCCAUGCAUUAAUAUAACUCCACAAAAUGGUGAAACAUUUCAACCCUGUCAACUGUUUGUGCUCAGUAUCUUAGUUUCAACUCAGUGCAAUUAUUAAGAGCAGUACUCAGUUAUCAAAUGGUUUCAUUUUGUUAACAUGACAUUUAAAAGUCUUUGUGUUUACAAUUUUAAUAUUUAUUUUUCACAUUAUAGAUUUACACUCUGGUUAAACAUACAGCUUAAAAUGUGAGGACCAAAUCCAGAUUGCAUUCAAUACAAAGUUAUAAUCAAUGAGAUUUUUCAUUUUACUAUAAAUAUUUGUAACUUAUUUGUUUUCAGGGUUUUAUAAUUGCAUUGUCUUUCAGUGUUUAUUGAUUUAAUUAUAGUGGCUUAUUUGUUUCAAUUUAUUUAUUUAGCUUUUUAAAAAAAAAAAGCUUGUUUCUUCUCUUCAUGAAGUCCACAGAGUGUUUUCACUUUCAUGAUCAAUCCUUUGCUACAGUAUGGGUUUGUUUUUCAAUUAAUCGUGAGUGUUAAUGCCAAGGAUUCAAUCUGGGGUUGUUGUUUUUCCAAUUUAAUGAUGAUCCUGAUUUGAAAGCUGGAAAGUAACAGCACAAAAUAAAACUAGAAUAAAACCAUGUAACAAUAUUGCCAGAAAGAUCAGUGACGUUUGAUCCACUGUGUCCUAAAGCGGCAUAGAUGAACCAGUGAUUAAAGAGUAGGCUAGAGUCCUUUCUGUGCUCCUGUCAGCUGUUUCAUGUUCCAUGUCACAUUCUUUUUAGUGGAAAUUAUGCACAGCACGGUGUGACAUUUGCCUGAGUAAUUAGUAGAUGAUAAUAAUGUGUAGAUAUACUGAUACUGGCUGAGUGAAAGCACAUGUGAAUGUACUCACAGUAGUUUAAUAACUAACUUCACUGACUGAAAUGAGCAGCUACAGCUGCUAAUGUGGGAAGUUCUGCUGUUGCGUGAUGUGUAACAGUAAAUGCGAUGUGUGAUUCUUCAUCUUAAACCCUGUUGCACUGUUUGUAACAAAUUAGACAAAUUAAAAAUGUUUACCUGACUGUAAAAUAACGCUUUAUGCUUUAUGGAUUACACAAAUUUUCUGAUGUUUAUCAUAAACAGUUUAAGCU